AUGAGGCUUGCCAUUGAGAAGGUAUUACCUGGUACAAGGCAUCGUUUGUGCAUGUGGCAUAUUAUGAGCAAGUUGUUUGAGAAGAUACCUAAAUCUAUUUCUGAUAGAGAAAAGUUUAGUAAGGAGUUUAAGUCUUGUGUUUGGUCAGAGUUGUUAGAUCCGGAUGAGUUUGAUAUAUUAUGGACUAGUAUUGUUGAAAAAUAUGGUGUAGAAGAUCAUAAAUGGUUUAAGGAUAUGUUUGCUAUUAAACAUAUGUGGAUCCCAGCCUUCUUUAGAGAUGUUCCUAUGGGUUCUUUAAUGAGAACAACAUCUUUUUCAGAAUCUGAAAACAGUUUUUUUAAGAGGUACUCGAAACCGUUGUUUAAUUUUGCUGACUUCACUCUUCAGUAUAAUAAUGCCAUUGAUGCUCAAAGGAAUCAAACUGAAAGGCUUGACUAUUAUGAUUCUGUAAUCACUCCAAAAUAUGUCACUGAUUUAGCAUUUGAGAAGCAAUUGGCAUCUGUAUACACAGAUAGGAUGUUUAGAGUGGUACAAGAAUUUAUUGCUGAGGCUGAUAAGAGUUGUCGGAUGAUUAGCAUGUCCACAUUGGAGAAUAUCGAGGUCUUCAAAGUUUCUGAUGCUAGAAAGAAGACCUUUACAGUUACACAUGAGAUAGAGACUGAGUCAUAUGAAUGUGAGUGUAAACUAUUUUUAAGGUGUGGUUAUCUAUGCAGCCACCUUUUCUUCAUCCUCAGAAACAAAGAUGUCAACAAUAUUCCAGAGAAAUAUGUUGGUAACCGUUGGCUUAAAAGUGAAUUACUAAAGGCAGUUCAUGGUCUCACGAGUGAUGAUAGUGCGUCUGACAGAGGUUCUAACAAAGAUGACAAACUACAGAUUGCUAACAGGUGUCAUGGUCGUUACUUUGGUCUAUAUCAGCGUGCUUUUAGGAAUAAAGAUCAUUUGAUUGCUUUGGAUAAUUUGCUUGCGGGUAUUGGUCCUCAAAUCUUUAAAGAUGACUGUGCUGGAUCGUCGUCUAUUGAUAAAAAUGAUUCAAUCAUGAACAUAUAUGGUAUUGUUGUACCUGAAGAAAUAACUGCACAUGCUCCAGAUGUGGUUAGUACAAAAGGAGGUGCAAGUGACAAGAAAAGCAGGAUUAAGUCAAGCAUAGAGAAAGCAAUUGAAAAAGCAAAUAAACCUCAUAGGCGUUGUGGAAAGUGUCAUAAAAUUACUGAUCAUAAUGCUAGAAGUUGUGGCAGAAAGGAGACAUGA